AUGUUUUCGACCACCAUGAUGCAACCACACCCAUCAACUUUGGGAAGGCCAAUUAUGAAGUUCAUACUAACACUUUCCCAAGGUCUUUGAGGAGUGACAAAUGGUUCCAAUAGGCUAGUCACACUUUGUUGCUCCACCUCAUCUUGUUGGCACAUUAGACAAGUAUUCACAUAUAGUUCCACAUCAUCUUGAAUCUGUGGCCAUAUAUUAUUCUUCAAUUUGGGCUUGUCUAAAUUGAAUGAUAGGGUGAUGACCCAAUUUGAGUCAUGACACUCCUUCAUGAUCAUCUUCCUCAAGUUUUCCACCGCGCACAAAACGAACACUCGAUCUCCUUUUAGUCAUAAUCAACCCCUCAUUCACCAAAAACUGUUGGGUCUUCCCUUCUUUGACAUACUCGAUCAUGGUCUAAGUGAAGGGAUCAUGCUUGACACCUUUAUAAACUUGGUCAUUCAUGGGGAAUUGUGGCUGGCCGAUGGCUGCAAGCAUGCUCUUUCAGCUAAGAGCAUAUGCUACGGAGAUCGCCUUCCCCGGCUUGUACUCCAUCACAAUCUUGAACUCUUCCAAAAAUUCUUUCCACCUAUCUUUCUUAGGGUGAACUUCUUAUGAGCGAGGAAGUAACUCAUCACCAUAUUGUCCUUCUGACCCCAACGAGUAGUGCAUCCAUGUCUGCAAGCAAUAAUACACCAUCGUCAUUAUCUCCUUCUCUAGGACGUGUAACUCCUCUUGGCAUCAUUCAACUUAUGGCUCUCAUAAGUAAUGAUGAGAUGCCUUUCUUGCAUUAAGCCACCACCCGUAGCAAAGUUAGAUGCGUCGGUUUGUACCUCACAGGCCUUCAUUGGGUCAUGAAGCACUAACAUUGGCUCUUUUGUCACCGCUUCCUUCAAGGCUUCAAAAGCUUCAUGGCACCGACCCUAACCAUUUCAAAGUCUUAUUCUUCUUCAAAAUCCGUCAUGGGUGCUGCAACUGCAAGAGUGGAGUACCCUUGAUGAAUCUUCAAUAGUAUUUGGCUAGGCAAAGGAACAAUCGUAGCUAGAUGACCCUUGUUGGCAGCUCACAUUCUCGUAUUGCCUCUACCUUUGCCACAUUCAUCUUCAAUCCACAAUUUAACCCAACUACUUCACAAUUGAUACAUCUCCCAUUUUCCCCUAAAAAAAAAGAUUCAUCUCCCAUUUGCUUUAUAAAAGCACAUCAUUUCACAAUAUUUAUCCCUCUCUUGUCAAUUCAAAAUAGUGCAAAACAAGACGAUUCAAAUUAUCUUAUCCCAAUUGUUACAUCACCAUUUUGUGUUAUAAAAAAUACAAUUUAACCUAAUUACUUCAUUUUAAAACAAUUUAACCAAAUCAUCUCAUCCAAUUCCAUCAAACAAACUAGUGUUUUAGUAUUCCAAUUACAAUAUGUUCCACUUACAGAUUUACGCCUCUUUUAUUAAUAAAAACUAAUAAAAGCGCAAUUUCUCGGGAAAGCUCCAAUAAAAUGAUUUUCAUCUUCUCACUACCCACCUCCUCACGCAUUCCCCACUCUUGUUGUUUCCAGAUUAGGGUUUUCCGCUCCCUCUCUUCAACCCUAAUUCCUUUUCUCCGUUCAACAACAUCGUUCCUCCCUGGGGUCUGGUUCAGUCUUUCCUCCCGCCAAUUCCAGGCCGCUGCAUUUUUCAAAUACUAGCCGUUGAAUCCGCGUGGAUUUUUCAAUUUUGACUGUGAAAUGUCGGCGGCGGGACCCGAGAAGAAGGCCGACGAGGAGAAGGUUGAAGGGAAAGGAGGGGAGCUCUUGUUCUGUGGGGCCACCGCUUGGGAUGUGAUUGGCCGCAAGAAAGGAGUACAGCCGGGCAACUUGGUCUCUCCCACUCGGCUCCGCCCACUGGUCGGCGUCGAUAUCCGCUUCGUUGCUUCUGGAAGCACAUCGUGCCAUUGCGUGGCCUUGGAUGUUGAUGGGCGUUGCUAUACUUGGGGACGUAAUGAGAAGGGGCAACUGGGUCAUGGAGACACAAUUCAGCGGGAUAGGCCGACCGUUGUCUCCGAACUCUCCAAGUAUAAGAUCGUCAGAGCUGGAGCUGGUAGGAAUCAUACAGUAGUUGUUACUGAAGAUGGCCAAUCACUAGCAUUUGGCUGGAACAAGCAUGGACAGCUAGGCUCUGGUUCUGUGAGAAAUGAAAUUGAGUCAUCUCCUGUCCGUUGUCUUGUGUCCGAUGUUAAAACUACUGCUUGUGGAGCUGACUUCACUGUAUGGUUAUCAUCUGCUCAAGGGGCUACCAUAUUAACGGCUGGGCUUCCACAGUAUGGUCAACUUGGACAUGGGACAGACAACGAGUAUAACACAAAGGACAGCUCAGUCAGGCUAGCAUAUGAAGCCCAACCUCAGCCAAAAGCAAUUGCAGCUCUUGCGGGGGAAACUAUUGUAAAAGUUGCAUGUGGGACAAACCAUACAGUUGCCGUGGAUUCAAAUGGCUAUGUUUACACGUGGGGAUAUGGUGGUUAUGGAAGGCUGGGACACAGAGAGCAGAAAGAUGAGUGGUCACCUCGCCGUGUUGAUGUUUUCCAAAGACAGAAUCUUUUACCUCCAAAUGCUGUAGUUUCAGCUGGUUCUGUUAAUUGUGCAUGUACUGCAGGUGGUGGGCAGUUGUAUGUGUGGGGGAAAAUAAAGAGUACUGGGGAUGACUGGAUGUACCCAAAGCCACUAAUGGAUCUAAGUGGUUGGAAUUUACGGUGCAUGGACUCAGGCAACAUGCACUUCUUUGUUGGUGCUGAUAAUUCCUGCAUAAGCUGGGGCUUUGCUCAGUAUGGUGAACUGGGAUAUGGUCCUGCUGGACAGAAGUCGUCAGCAAUACCCAAGAAGGUAGACAUUCUUGAGGGCAUGCAUGUGUUAGGUGUUGCCUGUGGGUUGGGCCAUUCUAUGGUUAUAGUAGACAGAACAAAUAUUGGCGAUCGACUUGAUCAGCUUGAUGUAUACGAUGGCAAAGAUGCUGCCGAAGAACCCGAGGCGCCAUCCCAGACAAACAAACCUCCAGCGAAACAAAACGCGAAAAAGGGUAGGCCGGCCAAAUCUCCCGACAGUGCAAAGAAGCGGAAGAAGUCGUCCAAAGAUGAUUCAUCCGAAUCAGAGGACGACGAUGAAGAAGCCAGCAGUGGUGACGACCGCGACAAUGAGAGCGACGACAGCGAAGGACUCUCCAACGGCAAGAAGAAAGCUCCGAAGAAGAGUGCACGAGGCGGGAAAGCGCCAUCAGGGCGUGGACGCGGCCGCCCACCGUCGGCCAACAAGGUUAACAACAACAAUGCUGCUUCCCAGGUAAAGCCUGCUGGUAAGAGAGGAAGACCCCGCAAGUCUUAGUAGUAAUGCCAUGAUCUUGGGAGAUUGGGUGGAAUAUUCCAUUCUUCUUCGAUUCUGUACUAUUGACUCACAAUGUUCUGUUGUAACUUUGGAAUUUUGCAUUUUUUUUUAAAUUGAUUCCCGUCGGUUGAAUAUUCCAUUCUAGUCUCUUGCAUUUUGUUCAUGGAAAAAAGGGAAUUUUCCUUGGAUUAGCAAGUGGACACUAGGUAAGAGAGUGUAGUAGAGUACUGAUUUGCGAUGAAAGAACGAGACAUUUGACGUCAUAUUUGACCAUUAUUAUUGGAGUGGGAUUUUUCUCAUUUUUCUCGUAUAAUUGGGAAACGAGUAAAUUAAACAUUAACCAUUCUAUUUCCUCUAUUUUCUAGAAUGAGAAAUGAAGUGAAGUUUCCACUACGAAUUUCAUUUUAUUGUUCAAUUGGUGAUAGAUUAAGGCAAAAUACACUUGUAUAGCUAAAACUUUCGCGUUUGUGCCAAUAAUAGCCAAAUUUGGAGAAAUACCACUUAUAGUCAGAAUUUUGAAAGUUUCAUAACAAAUAUAGCCAUUUCCGUUACAAACUUUAACGGUGUUAAAAACUCCGUCAGUUAGGUUAAUGUUAGAGUGACUAGGAUGCCAAAUCAUCGUACACAUCAACAACAAAUCAUCGUAUCAUUGCCACGUCAUUUAGUUUUGAUUUAUAAAAAUAAUUAAUUUUGCAACAAAAAAAAAAACAUAAAAAAAAUUCCUAAUUUCCCCUAUCCCUACCAGUUGUCUCCUUCCUCCAAACCAGGUGGCCGCGGCGAGCACAACCACCAUCUUCUCGAAGACCUGCAAAAACUCAGAAGAUUUAUCUUCCAUCUACCCCAAUCGAUGCCUGAGUGAACAUCUUUCCCUUCGUUCUCCCUGCAAAUCCCUAAUCCCUUCUGCCCCAAAAAAUCUGCCCCGAUACAAAUUCCAGAUUGAGAAGGUAAAGGUCUAGAGAUUCAAAAAUUCUCAGUGAAGAGGAAGCAAUAGAGAGAUAUAAGGCCGAUUGAAGGAUGUGUUCCACUGGGGAAGACGCCGAGACAUCGAUCUGGAUGUUCACCUUUUUGCGAGGAAAGGUGAGAAUCGGUUGAGAGAAGAGGCGGGUUGGUCGAAGUGGUGAAGCUGGGCGUUUUAAUCGGGUUAUUGGAGUCCGGCCGGUUAUUCACGAAAGAUGUAUUGCAUCGCCGGUCACCUGUUGUCGCCGUAGCCUCCAUCCCCGGCGUGUAGUCUGAGUGCAAAGUGCAGCUGCAAAGGAAUCAGCAUAGAGGCUGCGAUUCUUCGUCGCUGCGUAUAGGAUCGCAGGCCGGUCGAUGCAGUGGAGCUCAGAUCUAGUCGUUGUCGCCUUUGGCCUAAUUCGAAUUAGUAAGGGAGUUUGGGAUUUGGUUCUCCUUCAGGUGAAUGUGGCGAUAGUCAUUGAUUCCCCUUCGCCAGCGUACAGCAGCAGGCAAAAACUCGAUCUCAUAUUCCUCCAAAUUCACCGUCUGUAAACCUUGCCAUUCUCCUCUCCUAGCAAACUUUUUUUCUUUUGAUAACUCUCCUCUGCUAGCAUUUGGCCGACAAUUGGGAGGAGACUUUUUUUAUUUUUUAUUUGUAUUUUGUAUUUUUUAAAGUUAAAUCCAUGUGGCAAUGCUACUGACAAAACGUCGCCACGUCAACGUUUCUGUUAGUCCAGUCAGCUUGUUAGAUGACACUGUUAAAGAAUUGGACGGAAGUGGCUAUAAGUGGUAAUUCUCCAAAUUUGGCUAUUAUUGGCACAAACGUGAAAGUUUUGGCUAUACAAGUGUAUUUUGCCAUAGAUUAAUGUGUUAAACUUGAGUUGGUUGUCCAAUGGAGUUAUUUGUAUGAUAUUUAAGAUUAAUGUAUAUUACAAAGUUCUCUACAGUUUGUUGAUAUGUACAGUAAACAUGAGGUACUAAAUUUGAGUAUUAUGA